AUCGGCCGUUCAAAGGACAAAGACACAUUGACGCACAUUUUAUCAUUUUAGACUGUCAAAAAAGUGAACAGCCUCCCCAGUCGCCAUAUGUAGUUUAGAUUUAAUGUCAUUUUGGUAAAGUUGCUUAGAUGUUCUCUUGAUUCAAUUUGUAUGCAAUCGAUGGAGAAGAUACAACACAGGCAUGUUGAUAUCCAAGGACUCAAAUUACAUGUUGCUGAGAUUGGUUCAGGUCCAGAUGUUCUGCUAUUGCAUGGGUUUCCUGAAAUCUGGUAUACAUGGCGUCAUCAGAUGAUUGCGUUGGCGGAUGCAGGAUUUCAUGCAAUUGCUCCAGACUUCAGAGGCUAUGGACUCUCUGACCAACCUUCUGAAAUUGAAAAGGCCGGCUUUGUAGAUCUUGUGGAAGACCUGAUUGGUCUUCUUGAUGCCUUUAGUAUUCAGAAAGUAUUUGUUGUGAGUAAGGACUUUGGAGCCAUGGUCGCAUAUUUUCUCGAUCUUCUGCACCCUGAUCGAGUGAGAGGAAUGGUAGUAAUGGGUAUGCCUUAUAGAAGACCGGGUCCAGAAUACUUUGCAAUGGACAAGCUUCCACGAGGGUUUUAUAUCAGACAUUGGCAGGAGCCUGGAAGGGGUUUGGCAGAUUUUGGGCGUUUUGAUGUAGAAACUGUAGUAAGGAAUAUAUACACACUUUUCUCAAGAAGUGAACUGCCAGUGGCAGAGGAGGGUAAAGAGAUCAUGGACCUGUAUGACCCUGCAACUCCAUUGCCUGCUUGGUUUACUGAAGAUGACCUCAAAAUGUACUCAAGCUUAUAUGAGAAAUCAGGAUUUACUUUCCCUUUACAAGUUCCUUACAUGGCUAUGAAAAGAAACUGGGGAAAAUUGGGGGAAAUCACAGAUUAUACCAUUCGAGCUCCCACCCUUCUGAUCUUGGGCACCGAGGAUUAUUCUCUAAAAUUUCCAGGGACAGAAACUUAUCUUAGCGGGCAGGUGGUCAACGCUGAUGUGCCCAACGUGGAUAUCAAAUUGAUUCCAGAAGGAGGCCAUUUUGUUCAAGAGCAGUUCCCUGAGGAGAUUAAUAAGAUUACCAUUGGCUUUCUCAAUGAGCAUCUGCAAUCUUGAAUUCUGCAUUGCUUUUUUAAAGUUAUCAUGGAGUUUUCUUGGUGAUAGUUGUGAACAAGCUAAUCGUAAUUUAAAUAAUCAAAUAUUACAGCUGGAGUAUGCCUGGUUUAUGUUUACUGCAUAUUAGAGUUAACAUGGAAGGUGAUUAGAUAGUACACCUUGAAAAAUAAUUCUAUUUGGAAUACUUGCAUAUGGAAGUUCCUUAUA